AUGCUGGGGGAGCAGUACGAAGAUGGUGAGUGUGUCUUCCCGUUCUGGUACAAAAAGGAAAAGUACUAUGACUGCGUCAAACUCAACGCCAAGCACAAAUGGUGCUCGCUGAACACCACGUUCUCUGGGUACUGGAAGUACUGUUCUCUGUCAGACUUUGCACCCUGCGUCUUCCCCUUCUGGUUUCGGCGUCUGAUCUACCGGGAGUGCACCGAGGACGGCGAGGUGUUCGGGAGGAAGUGGUGCUCGUUGACCCCAAACUACAACCAGGACAUGGUGUGGAAGUACUGCUGA